AUGAAUCCUACAACCGACCAACCACUACAGGCACUACCGCUGCAGCCACCACGCUCAUCCUUCAGCUGCGACCGUCAUCCUGACGAGAACUUCACUGGUUUCUGUCCAUCAUGUCUCUGCGAGCGUCUCACUACUCUAGACCAAUCGGCAAACGCCGCCGCAGCUUCUUCCUCUUCCCGCCGUAACUCCACCUCCUCAUCCACCGCUGCUGCAGCAAUUAAGUCCAUUUUUAGAGGCCCGUCUUCCUCGGAAGCAAACAAAAACAAGACGACGGCAGCGGGAGCGCAGAUAUCGAGAAAUUCGUUUUUCCCGGAGCUCCGACGCACGAAGUCUUUCUCCGCCUCGAAAAACGACGGACUAGGAAUUUCGGCUUGUGUUUAUGAGCCUCAACGGAAAUCCUGCGACGUGAGGGGACGGAAUACUCUGUCGUCACUCUUCUCCAUCCAUGACGACAACAAGCCCAGACUCUCGUAUUCACAACAAAAUCUAGGCAACAAUGGAAUCGUUCUCGAAACCAACAGAGAAGACGAAGAAGAAGAGCAUGAAGAAGAUCAAGUCCACAAUGAAGAUGAGGACGAGGUCAAUGGCGACGAAAUUAGGGUUACCGAAGAACUAGAGGUGAGAAGCAUGAAUGAUUUAGUAAAUAACAUUGUCGAUGUAAUCGAAGAAAAAGAGGAGGUUGCGGUAGAUGUCUUGAAGCCAAUGAAGGAUCACAUAGAUCUCGAUUCACAAUCAAAAAAGCAUUCACUGUCAAAUUUGUGGUCAGCGGCGUCGGUUUUGAGCAAAAAAUGGCAUAAAUGGAGGAGAAAGCAGAAGAAGAGUGCCGCCGGAGUUAAUGGCGUCAAUCUAUCGUCUGCAUUACCAACGAAGAAACCGAUUUCGCGUCAAUACCGUGAAACUCAGUCAGAAAUCGCCGAUUACGGAUUCGGCCGGAGAUCGUGCGACACAGACCCGAGGUUUUCGCUGGAUGCGGGUCGAAUCUCGUUUGACGACCCGAGGUACUCUUUCGACGAACCUAGGGCUUCAUGGGACGGAUACUUAAUCGGUAGAACCUUCCCACGACUGCCUCCCAUGGUGGAAGACGUUCCCGUUGUCCACGUGCCACGUUGUGAUACACAAAUCCCCGUCGAACACCCUCCAAUGGCGGACGAUAACAUCCCUGGCGGGUCAAUCCAAACCCGAGAAUAUUACUUAGAUUCUUCCUCCAAAAGAAGAAAGAGCCUCGACCGGUCAAACUCCAUUCGCAAAAUGGCCGCCGCCGUCGUUGCAGAGCUGGAUGAACCAAAAGUAACUCCGGUGGUUUCAAACGCCAAAGUCUCACCUACCACCAUCGAUUACAACCCUGCAACUAUCCCAAAGUUCGAACCUCCAAGAGUUUCAAACUCAAAUUCAUUACGCGACGACUUUUCUGAAACAUUUGAACUACGGAUUCCAAUUGGUGAAGAGAAGAAAGAGACAAAGAAACCACGGAGGUGGCGGUGGAAGUUAUGGGGGUUCAUCCACCGGCGGAAUAAGGACGACGAUGAAGAUAGGUGCAGUACUGUUAGUGGGGUAGGAAGAUCUUACUCAGAAUCAUGGCAAGAUCCAAGGAGAGAAGUCAAUAGUAAUAAUAAUAUUAACGAAGUCAAUAAUGGCGGAAUUAACAGGACAGAUUUCAGAAGCCAUAGCAGUGUGAGCUGGAGAAGCUCUUCAAUGAGGAAAUCAAACUUUAACAUGAUUGGAAAUGAACAAGGGUUUGGAAUUGGAAUCGGGAAUGGGAAUGGGAAUGGGAAUGGAGGUCUGGAACGGAAUCGGAGUGCGAGGUAUUCACCAAAUCAUAUUGAGAAUGGGCUUUUACGAUUCUAUUUGGCACCGUUGAGCGGAAGUCGAAGGGGCGGAAUCGGAAUUGCGACCGGGAAGAGUAGACCGAGUAGUGGAUCGCAUUCGAUUGCGAGGAGUAUGCUUGGGCUCUACUGA